AUGCAGGCGCAAACUCUCCAUCCUGCUCAAGCUGCUCCUCCUGCUUCUGCCACAAACAUUGCAGAGCAGCUGGACGACCAGGAGCGCCGGAAAUAUGUCAAGGGCAAGAAACUCGGUUCUGGUCAAUACGCCGACGUCUUCUCUGCUCACCUCGUCUCCGAUCCUUCCCAACUCGUCGCCAUCAAGAAGAUCAAGGUCGGCCCCGAAGUCCAGGAAUGGGGCAUCUCACAUGAUUCUCUCCGCGAGAUUAAGUUCCUCCAGGAGUUGUCACACCCCAACAUCAUCCGCUUAUACUCGGUCUUUUCCACAAAGAACCAGAACCUCAAUCUGGUCCUCGAGCAACUACCCCAGGGAGAUCUGUUGAAGCUUAUUCAGGACGUGGAUAAUAUCAGCUACAGCCCGAGCGACAUCAAAUCAUGGAUGGCCAUGCUCUGUCGCGCUGUUUGGUUCUGCCACCAGAACUUCGUCCUCCACCGCGAUAUCAAGCCCAACAACUUGCUGAUCGCUGCAAAUGGCGAGAUCAAACUUGCUGAUUUUGGUCUCGCUCGUAGCUUCGCUGAUCCUCACACUCCAAUGACUUACAACACUAUCACCAAGUGGUACCGUCCCCCAGAGCUUUAUUACCAGGCAAACUUCUACUCUGGUGCCGUGGACAUUUGGUCCGUUGGUUGCGUUUUUGCGGAACUCAUCGGUCGUUGGCCAUUCUUGUAUCAACUACCUGACGGGGAUCUGGCCAUGAUAGGGAAGAUCUGUGAGCAAGUCGGUACGCCCACAGAGGACAAUUGGCCCGGUGUGAGCAAACUGCGUGGCUACGUACCCGUUGCAAAAGAAGACAUCAAACCUGUCAAGAAGCGCGCAGAUUGGGAAGCCCAAUUUGGUACCGUUGGUCCCGCGGGUGCAGAUUUGCUGAUGCAAAUGCUUGCUCUUGACCCACGCAAACGUCCAACUGGCGCACAGAUCCUUGAACAUCACUACUGGACCGCUGAUCCCCGUCCUACACCACUUCAUCAGUUGCCUCGUCAAGGAGGCGGUAUGGAUGCUAUGGGUGAAGAUCUCAAGAGACGUGGCGGCGAGCUGCCUAACACUAGGGGUGACAAGGUAGCUCGGAAGAUUGACUUUGGCUCUAUGAAGGGCUGA